AAGUGGUCUUAGCAGCAGUAUUACUCGACAUGUUAAACCUGUAUGCAGGAUCAGGACUCUACCAUUGUCAGAGGAGGGAGGAGAUGGAGGACAAUGAAGGGAGGGGUGAUGCCUUCAUAAAAAGGCUCAUUACAAGAUGGAAGAGAACGUGUAAACAGACUGUAUACCUAGUUAGAAUUACGAGCCAUAAACACAAGUGGACUUCAAGUGGAACUUUUAAAAAAGAAGCUUCGAUCUACCAACACAGACAUUUGGUACACUUAAAUUUUCUGACUGGUCCUUUCUGUUAGCUGUUUAAAAGGGCAGUCGCCCUCAUCAUCAAGAUGCCCACCACGUCGAACGGCAAGUCCUCGGGCGUCGGGGGUUUCAUCUCGGCCCUGCCUGCGGACCUGAUCGACAAUGCUGCCCUCGCGGAGAUUGACGUGGACGAAGGGGUGGAGCUCGUUCCGGAGGUAACGUACCGUGACCUGAAGGAAAAGAAGAAGGGCGUCGCCAAGUACAAGGACCCGCUGAAGGUGUUUUAUCCGGUCAGGAGAAAGCCAAAAGAAGAGAACUAUUCCCCCCUCGACCAUUAUGGACUGUUCUCCUUCCUGACGGUCAACUGGUUGACGAAACUUUUUGUGAAAGCAGUGAAGAAUAAUAUUGAAUUUGACGAUCUCUACGAUCAAUCGGAACUGGACUCUGGAUACCUGAAUGGACUGAGGUUUGAGAAGAUGUGGGACGAGGAGGUUGCUAAGGUCGGUCAAGAGAAGGUCAGCAUGGGUAAAAUAGCCCUGAAGUUUGUCCGGACUCGUCUCGUCAUCAUCAUCACUGCUCUUAUUGGAUACGCCGGUUGUCUCAUUGUCAUUUCUUCUUUCCUCGUUCAAGAGCUGCUCAUAUUCUGCGACGAAGUGGAGGCUCCCAUGUCCCGCGGCUACAUCCUGGUCUGUAGUAUCCUGGCGGUCAACAUCAUCCGUGUCAUGUGUGACGUGGUAUUCUGGAUGACCUCCAUGCGGACGGCCACCAGGCUCAGGAGUGGUAUCCUGUCCUUUGUCUUCAAGAAGAUAGCCAGGCUGAGGAACCUGCAGGAUAGGAGUGUAGGAGAGAUCGUCAACAUCUGCGCUAACGACAGCCAGCGUCUCUUUGACGUCUGCGUCUACGGUAAUUUCCUCUUCGUCUCCAUCGUCCUCAUCCUCGCCGUGCUGGUAUCAGCGUCCCUGAUCAUCGGUUGGGCUGCUAUCUGUGGUGUCCUCCUAACCUUCAUCUUCUUCUGGCCUCUUCAGAUGAUCUUUGGUAAGAUCACAUCAAUCCUCCGUGAUCGCUGUAUCUCGGUGACUGAUGAACGCGUCCAGAAGAUGAACGAAGUACUGACCUACGUGAAGCUCAUCAAGAUGUACGCCUGGGAGGUACCCUUCUCAAAAGCAAUUUCAGCUAUCAGGAACUUGGAGCGGUCUCUGCUGGAGAAGGCUGGUUACAUGCAGAGCUUCAGUCUCUCCAUCUCCCCCAUCACACCUAACAUUGCAACCGUUCUCACCAUCGUCAUCUUCCUCUCUUCAGACUACGAUGAACCACUCACAUCCACAAAUGCUUUCACCUUAGUGGCCAUUCUAAAUACCCUCAGGGCUGUGAUCGGUCCCACCCCUUGGGCCAUCCGAUCACUCGCAGAGGCAAACAUUGCCCUCGGUAGGCUAAAGAGUGUCUUUGUGAUGGACGAGCAGAACCCUCUAGACAUCCUCCCAAGGAACGAUAAGUACGCCGUCAUCAUCCGAAACGGAGUGUUCGGUUGGGAUAGGCUGGAGAGCGGAGAGCAGGAAGAGGAGGAAGAGGAGGAGAUCAAACUGAAGAGUAGAGCCAUUGAGAACGGCGCCAACAACAACGAAAGGAAGGUGGCGUACGUCCAUACAAGGGAGGUCAACCUGCAGGUUGACCUUGACGAGGAAGCGCCCUCCAAGAAGUCUGCCAUCACCAUCAUCGAGCCAGAGAAACCACAUGGCAAUGCGGAUGCGGGUAAGAAGGCCAACGAACAAGGCAAGAGAUUCAGCAUCGCUACCAAGCCAGUCUCCCUGGCCGAGGCCGGCCUGGAUACGGUUGCCGUCGAUAAACUCAUCCAGAAGAGCAAAGUUCAUCCAAGACGCCAAAUUCCUGACGACAAGGUCUCUAAGGUGCUCUUCGGGAUCAACUUUGCUCUGGAAAAGGGUAAACUGACCGGCGUCUGCGGUACCGUCGGAGCGGGCAAGACCUCCCUCAUCUCGGCCAUCCUCGGACAGAUGCACAACAUGGAGGGCGACAACUGCGUCCAGGGCGCAUUCGCCUACGCCGCCCAGGAGGCCUGGAUCUUCAACGCCACGGUCAAGAACAAUAUUCUCUUUGGAAUCCCGUUUGACGAGGACAGAUACGAUAUGGUCUUGGACGCUUGCUCCCUCAAACCCGAUCUGGCUAUUCUACCAAUGGGAGAUCAAACCGAGAUUGGAGAACGUGGUAUCAACAUGAGCGGAGGACAGAAGCAACGUAUCAGUCUGGCGAGGGCGCUAUACUCAGACCGUGACAUCUAUCUCCUUGACGACCCUCUCAGUGCCGUGGACGCCCAUGUUGGUCUUCAUAUCUUCACACAUUGCAUCAGCACUGCCCUCAAGGGAAAGACUGUACUCUUUGUUACUCAUCAACUUCAAUACUUGAAGGACUGUGACCUCGUCAUGACAAUGAUGGACGGCCGCAUCGUCGAGCGCGGUCACCACGACGAGCUCAUGUCCGUGGACGGCGUCUACGCAAACCUGAUCAACACCUUCCACUCCAAGCAGGAGGCGGCGGACCUGGAAGACCUUGAGAACCCCGAGGCCGAUGAGGACAUGCCGGAGCAGGAGGAAUCGAUGGUGGAGAGACGAGAGAGGGCGCAAUCCCAGCUUAGCUCUCGGUCCAGGGCGUCCAGCUUCAUCGCGGACGCGGCUCCGGAUCCAGAACCAGCUGUAGCAGUCACUGAUGGUAAACUGAUGUCUUCGGAGGAUAAGAGCACAAAAUCUGUUGGCUGGGGCACCUACGGCACCUACAUCAAAUCGAUGGGCGGCUAUCACAUGGGAUUCCUCGUACUCUUCUGUUUUAUCCUCAUGUUUGGCUCCAUUACACUCAACAACAUGUACCUCACUUACUGGCUUAACCAAGGAAACGGGACUGACCCUGACGGUGACAUUGGUUUGAAUCCUGACGCUCAGAAAUAUCAGUUGAUCUACGGCCUCUCUCUCAUUGUUAUCAUGAUGUUCGGAGCAUUCAAGAGUCUUGUCUUUAUGAAGGUAACGCUGAAAGCUGCCUCUCACAUGCACGACACUGUCUUCAUCAACGUCUUCCGCUCACCGAUGAGUUUCUUCGAUACCACGCCCACUGGUCGUAUUCUCAACAGAUUCUCCAAAGAUUUGGACGAAGUUGAUGUGCUGUUGCCUUUCAACCUUGAACUCUUCCUCCAAAACAUCUUCCUCGUCUCCUUCGCCCUCAUCGUGAUCUGCAUCAUCUUCCCCAUCUUCAUCGCAAUCAUCAUCCCGACCUUCAUCAUCUUCAUCAUCAUCCUGCGCUACUACCGCAAGGGCAUCCGCGAUCUCAAGCGGAUCGAGAACAUCACCCGCUCGCCGUGGUUCUCGCACAUCUCCGCCACCGUCCAAGGCCUCUCCACGAUCCAUGCCUACAACAAGACGGACGACUUCAUCGUCAGGUUCCGCAUGCUGCUCGACGGGAACGCCCUGCCGUACAUGUUCUUCAGGAUGUCUGCUCGGUGGGCUGGCGUGAGGCUGGAGACUCUUGUCAUCCUUCUCGCUUUCGUUGCUCAUCUCCUUGUGGUCUUGUACCACGGUGAGAUCGAUUCUGCAACGGCAGGUCUUGCUGUGUCAUACACCGUUCAGUUGACGGGUAUGUUCCAGAUGUUGGUUCUCAUGGCCUCAGAAACAGAAGCUCGCUUCACAUCAGUAGAAAGAAUCCAGAGCUACAUGAAGAAUCUUGUUGCAGAGGCACCCAGGGUAAUCAAGAACAAACGCCCGGCCAAGCAAUGGCCAGAUCAGGGUCAGAUAGAGUUCAGAGACUUCAAGAUGCGCUACAGGGAUGGGCUCCCUCUUGUGUUGAAGGGCGUCAAGCUCGUCGUCAAACCCAAUGAGAAGGUUGGCAUCGUGGGCAGGACAGGAUCAGGUAAAUCGACCCUUGGAGUUGCCUUGUUCCGAUUGGUAGAGGGCGCCAGUGGGCAGAUCAUCAUUGACGGAAUCGACGUAAAGCAGAUCGGUCUUCAUGAUCUUCGUUCUAAGCUCUCCAUCAUCCCUCAAGAUCCUGUUCUCUUCAUCGGAACUGUCAGGUAUAAUUUGGAUCCUUUCAAUGAACACGGUGACAAGGAGCUCUGGGAGGCCCUGGAGAGAUCCUACAUGAAGGACAGGAUCAGUGCGCUCGAGAGUCAGUUAGAAGCUCCGGUUACAGAAGGUGGCGAUAACUUCUCAGUAGGAGAGAGGCAGCUCAUGUGUAUGGCGAGGGCUUUGCUGAGAGGCAGCAAGAUCUUGAUGUUGGAUGAGGCUACAGCAGCCAUUGAUACAGAGACAGACUCCUUGAUCCAGCAGACAAUUAGAGAAGAAUUCAAAGACUGUACCAUGCUCACGGUUGCACACAGACUUAACACCAUCCUUGAUUCAGAUAAAGUACUGGUUAUGGACGAUGGAAUGGUUGCGGAGUUUGAUAAGCCAAGCACUCUCCUCGCCAAUCCCAACUCUCUAUUCAGUGGUAUGGUGGCAGCAGCUGAAUCAGCCCAGAAUCGUUAAACACUACCCUUUGACCUCCCUCAACAAGGUCAUCCUGUGUCACAUACUUUAUAUGACCUCAACAAGGUCAUCUUUUCAUAUGUACUUUAAUAUGGACUGGUAUUCAUUACUAGUGAUGUAUGUUGAAGAUCACUGCAUGCAGCUCUUCAUAUGAAGUUAUUUUUGUAAUAUAAGAUCGUCCAAAGUUUCUUCUGAAUUUUUCAAACUAGCCAAGUUGAUUUGGACUUGAAUCCCAUAGAAUGUGUAAGUAUGCUAUGCUAAGGUUGGAUAAACAAAAGCUGUAUGGAUUGAUAAUGCAAGAUGUUAAUUUUGCUAUUUUAAUUUUUGUUUACAAUUGAUUUUACCAGUAGCUGCUAUGUAAAAUGAAUAAAAUAAUGGUAUAGUUUCAACAUGUAUGAAAUUCUUGUUAAAUAUCUGCAGCGAUUGAUGGUAAACUUCAUUUGAAAAUAAAUGGGGCCAAACAUACAGACAGUAUAACGAUGAGAAAGCUCAAAUAAACAUGUUUUUCUUGUUUUCUUGUUUGCUUUUAGAAGACCACCACUAUUGGUGAAAAAAAUGUGCUAUCCUGUAUAAAAGUCAGAAAUAAAUAAAUGCCAACUAGUAAUCAGGUAUGUACUCUGGUACAUUCUUCAACACUUGAUGUGAUCUGUUAUAUAUAGCUUCUAAGGAGCUGCUGUUUGGUCGAUUACUGCAACAAGUAACAAAGUUAGGACCAUUUUAUAUUAUCAAGGAUGUAUUUCUGCUUCAAUUUGAUCAUUGACACAAGUUUUGCCUUUGAACACAUAAACGAGGUGCAAAUUCCGAAAUACACAGAGCUGAAUUGUAGCUCAUGUUUUUAAUGAAUGCCAAUAUAAGACACUCUAGAAAAUAGUCUCAUUUGGUUUUUGGUAUAUUCCCAAUGACAAGUUUUCGUUUCAGUUGUAUUUUCUUUUUCUUUUAAUGGAUUCCUUUUUGUCUACAAAAAAUGCAGUGUUUUCUUUGUAAUUGUUCAGCAAUCAGAGAAGUUCUGAUGUGUAUUAACCAUGAUAAAUCUAUGGGAACCACCCAUAGAAUAUGAGGUAAACUUUCAAAUGCCUACAAAUGCAGAAUUAGGGAUAAAAAAUGAUAAUAUAAAGUAUUAUCAAGCAGUAUAUAUGCUUUGAAGAAUUGUGUUUGCGCUCUAAUUCUUUUAAAUAUCAACAGAUGUUCUGUAUAUUUUUGCAUACUACAAGAGAGAAUAGAAGUAUAUUUUGAAACAUGUGAUGUGUGAUGGCAGUGUUGCCUUAAUAUUUCUAUAUUUGUAUCUUUUGAAAUCAGUGGGAUUCACAGAUAAACUGCCAAUUUUGCUGUUACUAUCAUUACAGACUGGGCUUUUGUCUUCUGCCCAAAAUGAGAUAUUUGCAUCAUCUCAGCGUGAGAUUUAUUCAAAUUACGAUGCUCUCAUUUUCUUCUCCUUCCUAUCUUAGUUAUUCUUUGAGCGGUAUUCAAGUACUUCAUUAUUCCUUGAACGAAAAAUGAUAGUAUUUAUACAUUCUUAAAUUAGUAAAAGCUUUUGUAUGAUACAAUUAACUUCCAGGGAAUUGAUAAAUUAAUUAAGAAUAAUGAAAUGCCAAAGUUAUAUUUGAACUCUCAAGAAAGUACGCAAUAUUUAUAUUGUUCUUAUUUCAAUGACUAUGUAUACUUCAACGAGAAGCUAAUGAUGUACUGUACGAUUGUGUGUUCAAUUGUUUGUAUAUAUUGUAACAGAGAAAGAGAAGUUAUGGAAUUGGUAUAUUCUUUUUAUUUGAUUGUAUAAGAAGAUAUGAAUGUAAAGUUGAAUGGUGCUGUCUCCAGAUAUACGUGUAUGAGAUAAUAAAUUAUGAGAACAAGAA